AUGACCAAGGGCGAGGCUGUUACCACCAAGAUCCACUACAAGGGCAACCAGGACGACUUUGUCGUUUUUGUUGACGAUGUCGACGAGUUCAAGAAGUGGAAGGGAGACAAGUCAGUCCCCAUGGCCAGCUUCAUCUCCAGCUUCAAGAUCUUUGUAACACACGCACAUGGCGCCACAGGCAUUCUAGAUGCUGCUUCGCAGUCCAUGCUCGACAAUGAGUUCGGCACCCACGUCGACGAGGAGGUCAUCAAGCAGAUAUUGGAAAAGGGCGACAUCAAGGAGUCCAAGUUCACGGAGCGACAAGGACCCAAGAAUGACGCCAACGGCCCGAUGGCUGCCCAUUAA